CUUACUUGUACGCAUGGCCAAGCGUUCGCAGGUGGUAGCUGUCCACGUUUAGCGUCUUCGCAUUGGAUUUAUUAAGUGGCGCUUCAGAUACAAUGGUCUCUCUCAAAAGCAUACGGUUACUGUUGGUGAUAUUUCAACUAUCGCAAUCAGAUGGCGCGUGCAGAUUCCCAAAUAUUUUAUGGGACACCACAUGGUUCCACAGGUUCAUCCCACCAAGCUUAGACGAUGAUUACCUCGGCAAGUUUGGAAUGAAGAUCACAUUUUCAUCGGACAGAAUGACUGCAGCGAAUACCAUGAAUCCUGAUUUGCGCUCAGGUUGGUGGCCCUUCAACGAGACGGAAUUCAAUCCUUACGACAGGACGUGCGAGGAGCUGGUCAUGGGGAGGGAGUCGUCAUACGUUGACGGGCAAACAUACUUUGUGUCUGAGAGCCUGAAUAGAUCGAACUCAGGAUUUAGAUGCCUUCGGAUAUAUAACCGAACUUCCAAUAUUUUACAGAUUGGAGUUUCAGGGUUAAUAUCCCAACGCCCCAGCCAGUUGUCAGAGGCGUGCUCGGAGUCCAACUUGCAGGUUGACCCAUGGGUUUUAAUGCGGAAGUUAACGCCCUUCAGUGAUCCACUCAAGCAAGGUGACUUUGACUGCCCUGCAUCUGGUGGUUAUACGUUUGUUCUUGGGAAUGAGACAGUGUACGAUCGCAAGUCAAUAUUCCGAGAUGAGCGUUGCCAUAAUCUGGCACUCGAACUCCAGUGCCUUCCCGGAGAAUAUGUGACCAUGGACUUUAAGGACAAUAUUUGUCGCCCUUUUGGUUUACGUUUCACAUUUGGCAGUGAAAAAAAUCUGUUCACUCUCUGUAUUGGGGUAUGGGAGGAAGGCGGGUACGUCUUCAGAUUCAUGUUGGGGAAUGAUGCAGAAAGUGAUUUUUACACUCUCCGGUUCCCAAAAAAUCCAGGUAUGGAAUUUGAUGCUCAUCUUAUCUAUGGCGCUCUCGUGGAUAUGAGCCCCGAUGUAGAGGAGGCUGCAAGGAUUUCAGAACGCAUGGUUAUCCGAAUGUCCCUCUCCCGCGACAUUAAGAAGGACAACUGCGCUGACGACCUGGCCGAUUGCUCCUCAGCAGUUUGCUCAAGUGGACUUUUCGGGGUCUAUGGCAACGAGUGCCUAAAAAGUUGCAAACACUGUAACAGCAGCUUCAACAGGAUAACUCCUGGAGGCAACUUUGACCAGCUUUUUCAGGGUACCUGGAAAGAUGCUCAAGGAUUGAAAGUGAUUAUAAACGAAUCUUCUCUCCUUCUGCCUGAAGUGGGCACAUUUAAAAACAUAGGGUUUGAAAAAGUCACCGAUCUGGACGGUUUGGUUAUUAUGACAACGUUUGACAAUGGUUGCCGACCAAGGUACAAGUGCAUUGACCUAGCUCGGUCUGGUAACAUACUAAAAUGGCGCAUGGGCCAAAGCUUUGAGCCCUAUCCGGGUUAUGGUCCGUCCUUCCCAAGCCAUUUUUCAGUUUGUUCCCUGCAUCGUGGUCGUUGGGGAAAAUGGCUGGAUCUGACCGCAGUCAGUGUCAGAGUGGUAUCUCAUGGUUCCCUUCUCUCGUCAUCUCGAUUUUUCUACACACUUUACUUAACAGUCGUGCUUUGUUAUCUUCAUUUUUCAAGAUAGAAUAAUUGCUAAUUACUUGGCAAUUCGGAUAAAAAUCCAUUUAGCUGUAUAAAGUAUUGAAAAGACAAAAACAUUUUUAUUUGCAUUUGUUUGUACAUAGCGUUACAAUCUCGCCUUCUCUCCGUCAGGAAAGGGAAUACCAAUGUCUGUAUUUUCAUGCUCAGCCUUUGAAUCUAAAUUUAGUCAUGCUAAGCUUUUGUUUAAACAGUAAGUAGCCUGCAUCUUGGAUUUCUUUCCAAAAAUAUUAAUGUUCAUUGCUGUUCUACCUUCCUGCGUAUGUGAUAUGAUUAAAAUGCAAGUCCAUUGCAUAUAAAAUGCAUUUAAUUGUAUAUUUUAUACAUGCACAUUAUACAAUAUAACGUACAUAAAUUCUCUAUUAAAAGUAUGAUGGUUUAACUAUUUCUGAGCUAACAUAUAAAACAUAAGUGAAAAGCAUAACUGAAAAUACAGUAUUCUUACAAAAUUUCUGCAUAAAAAGUGUAAAAUGGUUACAACCUCUGUGUACAUUGAAAUUUGUAGAAGAUAUCUCUUUGGAAGCACACAGUUUCAAUCAUAAAGAAUUUUUAUUGUUAAAAUCACACAAUUGCACAUAACACCUUUAAUACUUUUGAUUCCAUUGGCUCUCAAUCUGAAGUAAAGUUUAAAAAAGAGAAAAUAUGAUGAGAUAAAAAAAAGUAAUAGGGACCUAUCAGAUCGAGAAGA